CGCGCGCCUUCUCCAGGCCACCGAGAUAUACGCAUUAGUGAUAACAAGAGGCUCCGCCAACUUGGAUCGAACGCCAUGGCGGUCGCGACGCCCGCUCUUGUGAUGCUGCUCUUGGGAGUUCUGGUGGUGCUGCCUCCCCGACGCGCCCGCAAGCGCGAGUCCCUUCGAUGAAUCCUCGGAGGAGAUGGAGCGUCUGCUCCUUCGAGGCGAGGACAGUCCUGGCCGCGAGUCCAACAAAUGCUGCCGCAGGGAGAGGAAGAUGAAGACCGUGGGACUGUCAGUGGCUACAGGAGAGGAGAUUACAGUGGACAUUGGCCAGUGCAAAAAGCACUGCACGAAGAGUAAGCUUAAGAAAGACGAGUUUGAGCAGCUCAUAGAAGAAAAUCCUGAUAUUGACCCUAGAACGUUGUUUGAAAUGCACCGCCGGCGGCGAGCUGAGCCGUCUUGCCUGGGCGACGAGGUGUGCGCGCCCUCCGACGCGCGCAUGGAGCGCAUACUCACCCUGGAAGGCAGUGUAAGCGUGUCGGUGACGGACGAGUGUGCAUGUCAACCUAGGUCACACUCGUGCCGCCGCAAGCCCCAUCGCGUCACUCUACACAAGGACACGCCUCUGCAGACCACCGUCGACGUUGGGGACUGCCACGGGCACUGCGCGCACGACUUGGGAUGUAAACCUAUAAAGACGAGGACUGUAACUGUCGAAGGUCCAAAUGAUGAUGCGACGUGGGGAAGUGCACAGGCAGCUGCGACUUCUGUUCAGAGAAACCUGCGUCUUGGAGGACCAGGACCGUAUUCUUCCUGUAAUGACAUCCUGUCCGACGCACACUGUCCAAAGCCGCUAAAACGAAGAUUAUCGCUCGGGGACAUCUCGGCCGCGUCCGAAGCCGGGAAACACAUCACAAAGAUCAAUCCGAAAAUGACGUUCAAACUUCCCCAAUUUCUUGAAGCUGUCCCAAGCCACUCUGCCGACGACGGGCUGCCUUCGCCCACCUCUGGCACCAUCGAAAGACCAAAAACUGUUGCAAAAUAG